GUACCAAAACCCUAAGAAUGGGCUUUAGGGUAUACUCCCGGCAAACUCUGAUUCUCUGAUCCAGCCUCCGCCAAACGACACUGCGACACGGUGAAUUCGACAACGACUCCGACAGGCGAUAUCAAGUCAGCCACACCAGCCGUUAACGUCCUCACCCCACCAUCUCUGUCAUACAGAUUGAACUCAACAAGAAUGGAUAAGAGGAAGAUGAUGAAGCGAGGAAACAAAGAGGAAGCAACUUCUACAUUCAUGGAUAUGAAGUCUCAGAGGAUGGACAUAAAUUCAAUAUUGAAAGAUAUUGAAGAUAUUGUACCCUCCCAUAUGACAUGGAAAGAAAAGAAGGCUUUGGAAAACAAGAAAGUAGUUUCCCUUGGUGGAAAGCCUCCCAAGAAGCAGAGAUUGCCUCUAAGUGUAGCUCGUGUACAAAUGAAAAAACAGAAAGAAAGGGAUCAAAAGAUGUUACAACAGAAUAUGAUACUUGGACAAGUUGGAGGGAAACGCGGAAGCCGAAGCAAACGGGAAUCGGAAUCACGUAAGCCGGAGGAUAGAGUAUUGAUGUCAACUGCUGGCCGAUUCAGGAAUGGAAUCCUUGAUGUCAAAGAUUUGUUGAAAACCGGUGCACCGUCUAGGGACCGUGGUUUUUCCGGCAGCCGUGGGACUGGCAGCCUUGGGUUGGGUGAUGGUGGUGGUAAUAAGAAGAAGGGUGGUGGUGGUGGUGGGAAAAAGAAGCAUGGAAAGAAAGGUGGUCGCCGGAAAGGCCAUCAUUAAGUGCUAAUAUUUGUGUACUUAACUUUUGAUACACAUUCAAGAAAAAAAAGUUGUGUUUCUUAUGGAAAUUGUUAAUUGUGAAAAAUAAGUAAUAAAGUUGAUCAAUUUAAUAUGAAA